AUGAACAUGAUGAGCUCAUUCCAACAAGGACAAUCAAUGGACACAGAAUGUGUGUCGACUACAGGAAAGCUGAACUCCUCCACGCGCAAGGACCACUACCCCUUGCCAUUCAUAGACCAGAUGCUUGAGCGCCUUGCCAAUCAUCAAUACUACUGUUUCUUGGAUGGAUACUCAGGAUUUUUCCAAAUUCCAAUCCACCCAGAUGAUCAGGAGAAGACUACAUUCACUUGUCCCUAUGGCACAUAUGCUUAUAGGAGAAUGCCUUUUGGAUUGUGCAAUGCUCCAGCUACAUUCCAAAGAGUGCUACAGAGAUGUGAAGACAAGCAUCUAGUUCUAAAUUGGGAGAAGUGCCACUUUAUGGUUAGAGAUGGAAUAGUGCUUGGACAUAGAAUCUCAGAGAGAGGCAUAGAAGUUGACAAAGCCAAGAUUGAAGUAAUGACAAACCUUCAGCCGCCCAAGACAGUUAAAGAUAUCAGAAGCUUCCUAGGACAUGCUGGUUCUACAGGAGAGGAGUGUCACAAGGCUUUCACUAAGAUCAAAGAUGCAUUGGUCAGUGCGCCAGUGGUUCAACCUCCAAACUGGGAACUACCUUUUGAGAUAAUGUGUGAUGCAAGUGAUUAUGCAGUAGGAGCAGUACUUGGGCAAAGAAAAGACAAGAAGCUACAUGUGAUCUAUUAUGCCAGCAGAACACUUGAUGAGGCACAAUGCAAGUAUGCCACAACAGAAAAGGAGCUUCUUGCUAUUGUCUUUGCAUUUGAGAAAUUUCGAUCAUACUUGGUGGGAUCAAAAGUUAUAGUUCAUUCUGAUCAUGCAGCAUUAAGGUAUCUCUUAUCCAAGAAAGAUGCCAAGCCAAGAUUGCUGAGAUGGAUACUACUAUUGCAAGAAUUUGAUCUUGAGAUCAAGGAUAGAAGAGGAGCAGAUAAUGGAGUAGCUGAUCACCUUUCAAGGAUGAGAGUUGAAGAAAAUCUACCUCUUGAUGAUAGGCUACCUGAAGAAUCAGUUUAUGCAGCUGAAGCUAGCAAUAAGCAUGGACAACUAGCCAUCACAGGCCAGGAACAAAGAUCUCAUCAUCAAACACACCAUGGUUUCGCCACAUAG